CGGUUCGGGGCGCCGCAGCGGAGCUGCACCAUGAAGGCCGCGGUUCUGCUGCUCCUCGUGGCGCUGCUCGCGUUCAGCCUCUGCCACGGCGCACCCGACGGCUCCGAUGCUCCCAGCGCUAAAGCUUUCAUCUCCCACCGCGCCAGCGCCGAGAUGGUGCAGAGGCAGAAGAGGAAUUUGGCCCUCGACGGCGGCAUCGCCGGAGCUCCGGACCCCCUGGAGUCCAAACGCGAGGUGUGCGAGCUGAGCCCCGACUGCGAUGAGCUGGCGGACCAGAUCGGCUUCCAGGAGGCGUACCGCCGCUUCUACGGCCCCGUCUGAGCCCC